AUGGCAGAUUCUUCCGAACUGACAGAAGAAAAUUCGCAUCCUUCCAGCCUUCUUACAUCUAACAUACUCUCGGGUCACCAGAGCUUUGACUCGAUAAUAUCUGAUGCAAAGUCCACUGCUGAUACUACAGCCGAUUUCUACUACCACGGUCUGACGACUCGCAGAUAUGCCCUUGUCGGAGUGGCAUGUGUUAUCACUUUCGCCAAUCACGGCGCCCUAGGAGUAACCAGGGUGUUCAACCUGGUCAAUGUUGAUAAAGGUGCAUUGCAGGGGAUAUUGACCCUGAUACUUGACUUAAUCGUCAUGUUAUGUACCGAGUCCACAGGCUUCGUACAUGGCGUCUCAUUGCGCGCUGCACUAGCCUCAGAGUCUCGGCUUCGUUUCAACACCAAUCUGCGCCUUCUCACCGCAGCUCGUGGAUGGUAUAACCCAAACGGAGCCCUGCUUAACGGCAUCUCGGCUGUCCUCCUCAUCACAUCCUACAGCUCCGCCUCAGUCGUCGUGUGUCUGGACCAAAAUAACUCGGAGACAUUCCAAACAGUCGAUGAGGGUAUUGCCAUCGCAGGGAUACCUCUCCUCAUUUUGGGUGUCGCACUCCUCCUCCAGGUGAUUAUCGCAUUGUCAGGGAUGUGGGCGGUCAAGAUUUUGACGUGGAGCUCCUCACCCUUCGACUUGACCGCCGCACUAGUCCACCACGCACAAUUGACCCCUACUACUUUCCGGUGCAUGCGUCCUGUGUCUGACAUAGACACGUAUGGAGGCCCAGCGAAGCCACCAGAGACACAGCCCUCCGCGUGGCAUGCUCACUCUAGCAUCCGGAAAGUUGUCAUUUUUCUUUGGGUCAUCGUUGCAGCGUGCGCUGGAUGGGCCGUACUCGUCAUGUAUGUCUGGGACCGCUUCCCUCCCAGCUCUCUAUUUGCAUUCAGCACCUAUCCACUGACCCUACAAACGUGGUCGUUCUUCCGGAGCGCGCAGUCCAAUGCCAUCGUGUAUUUGAUGCCAGGUUCCUAUCUUGAGGUGGGGAUUCUACUCUAUAUCAACAUCGUAUUUCUCCAGGGACCGUUGACGCUUGGGCUACAUUGCUCGGAGCUCAUCGCGAAUGUCAUCCGAGAUGAAAGACAGUGGAGAUGCGCUACCAGAAGCAAAGGACUCAGAGUGGCAAUGAACCCACUGGAGUCGAUUUUUAAUCACCCGAUCUGUCUCAUACUUUUCAUCGCGAAGCCCUUCCUGCACUGGAUGUUUGGGCUUUCAUUCGGCAUAUAUAUCUCCGCCGCUCACGAGACCCUAGACUUCAUUCCGAUAGCCAUGUACACUGCCCAAAUCUGGAACUUAUGCAUUGCACUUUUUAUAUUUGCCUGUUUCUUUACUUUCGUCGCACUACGCCGACCGUCCGGUCCCCAGCCGGCUGCAUACGGCCACCUCCAGACGCUCGCCGACCUUGUGGACGAGUGGUCGCCUGUGAUGUGGUGGGGACACAAGGAGGAUGGAAUUCCGUACUGUCAUGCUGGGACAAGCGAUCACCCACUGCCGGAUGUGAAGAUGAACUGCAUCUAUGCUGGUUCUGGUGCUGAGCCUCUGGUGCCCCUCUCGUGA